CCCUCGGUCGCUCUCUCUCUCUAUAUACACAAAUCUCUCCUCUCUUCUCUCCAAUCAAGAAAUAUAAUACAAAAUUCCACGAUAACAACCUCAGUCUGUCUCUCUACGUGCAAACAAAUCCCUCUCCAUAUAUAUACAAAUCGCUCCUCUCUUCUCUCCAAUAAAGAAAGAGGAGAAAUAUAAUAAACUUUCGCAAUUUACAGAGGCCUCAUUGAUGGGUUUUCUCCGAGGCUCAUCAUCAAUGUCCUCUGGUAUGCAAAUCCCCCAUCCUUUUUCAAUUCAAAUUCAUGCAAAUGAUAAUGGGUUCCCAUUGAAACCCAUCAUUCUUCAUGGCUUCUCUGUUUCAUUCCACCUCUUUAUCUUUUUCCUACUCUCUCUCUUCUAUCUCUGCAAGAGACCCACAAAGGAAAGAUUGGAAAUAAACAGAUUCUUCUAUUACAAAACAACCCUUUUCAGCUCCCUGGGUUUGGGUUUGUUCUAUUUGGUUCUCUCUCUUCAUUUCUAUAUUUGGCAUGUUCAUGGGUUUUGGUCUGAUGAGAACAUUGUUACCUUUUUGGAUUUGGUCGUUAGAGUCUUUGUUUGGGUAGCCAUCUCAUGCUAUUUGCGAUUUGUUGAUAAAUAUCCCACCUUUCUUAGCAUUUGGUGGGGUUUAUUCUUGGCUAUAUCUUUCUCUUUCCUUGUAGUAGAUUGGAUUUGGUACAGGAAGCUUGGGAUUAUGACUACCAAUUUGUGGGUAAUUGAUUUUGGGUCUCUUGUUGGUGGUGUGAUUAUUAAUUGUGCGGGGAUUUUCGGGAAAAGGAGCGAAGAAGAGAAGGCUAAUCUUCAUGACCGUCUAUUGAAUGGGGGUAAUUUUGAUGAGUCCUGUAAUAGGAAUGACAAUGGAAGUGAGUCUAUCUUUGAGAAUGCUGGAUUUUUUAGUCUGCUCACUUUCUCUUGGAUGGGUCCUUUGCUCUCUGUUGGUCACCAAAAGACAUUAGACCUUGAAGAUGUUCCUCAACUAGCUCAGAGUGAUAGUGUCAAUGGUGUCUACCCUGUGUUUAAAAAUAAGCUUGAAUCAUACACGGGCAGUGAUUGUAGGAGUGGCAAUGAUGAGAGUUCUGCUUGUAGGAUUUCCACGUAUAAAUUGGCUAAGGCAUUAGUGUUUUCGACAUGGGACCAAGUAAUGUCAACAGCUAUCUAUGCACUUGUGUACACAAUAGCUACAUAUGUCGGUCCCUACCUCAUCGCUUUCUUUGUUCAGUACCUUAAUGGCACUAGAAUGUUUGCGAGUGAAGGGUAUAUUUUAGUGGUAGCCUUCAUAGUAGCAAAGCUGUUUGAGUGCUUGUCACAGAGACACUGGUUCUUUAGAUUACAACAAGCUGGGAUCAGAGUAAGGUCAUCCCUUGUUGCGAUGAUUUAUCAAAAGGGUCUAACUUUGUCUAGCCAUUCGAAGCAAGGUCAUACCAGCGGAGAGAUCAUCAAUUUAAUGAGUGUUGACGCCGAUAGAAUUGGGCUCUUUAGUUGGUACAUGCAUGAUCUUUGGAUGGUCCCUAUUCAAGUUGGCCUAGCUCUAGCCAUAUUGUACUCUAGUUUGGGCCUUGCUUCAUUGGCUGCUUUAGCGGCAACAAUAGCGGUUAUGUUAGCCAAUUUUCCCUUGGGGAGUAUACAAGAGAGGUACCAAAAGAAAUUGAUGGAGGCAAAAGAUAUAAGGAUGAAGACUACUUCGGAGAUCCUAAAAAACAUGAGGAUUCUCAAGCUUCAAGCUUGGGAAAUGAAGUUCUUGUCCAAGAUAUUCGAGUUAAGAAAGGAAGAGGCUUCUUGGUUGAGAAAGUAUGUAUACACAUUGGCUAUGAUAACAUUUACAUUUUGGGGUGCUCCUACUUUCGUUGCUGUGGUCACAUUCGGAGCUUGUAUGAUUAUGGGAAUUCCGCUAGAAUCGGGGAAGGUUCUUUCCGCACUUGCAACUUUUAGGGUGUUGCAGGAGCCAAUAUAUAAUCUUCCCGAUACUAUUUCAAUGGUGAUUCAAACAAAGGUUUCCCUUGAUAGAAUAUCUUCAUUCCUUUGCCUAGAGGAUUUGCCUACUGAUGUGGUGCAAAAGCUUCCACGGGGUAACUCGGAGGCAGCGGUCGAAGUAAGCAAUGGGAAUUUCUCUUGGGACCCAUCUUCAGAAAUUCCUACAUUGAGAGAUUUGAAUUUCAAAGCAUUGCAUGGUACAAGAGUUGCCGUUUGUGGUACUGUUGGUUCCGGCAAAUCAAGCUUGUUAUCGUGCAUAUUAGGUGAAGUCCCAAAAUUAUCUGGAACCAUCAAGUUGUGUGGGACUACAGCUUAUGUUGCCCAAUCACCUUGGAUACAAAGUGGAAAGAUUCAAGACACUAUACUAUUUGGUAAGGAAAUGGACAUUGAAAAGUAUGAGAACAUACUUGAAGCAUGCUCAUUGAAGAAGGAUUUGGAGAUUCUUCCAUUUGGGGAUCAAACC